AUUUUAGUGUUUGUUUUUUUUCUUGUUCUACCACUUCAAUCUCAACCAAUGGCUGUUAAUUAGCCAAUUAGGUAAAUUGACUAAUUGAGUCGUUAAGCAGGAAAUGUGUAAAACAGAGGGUUCUUCAGGACCAGAGUUGGACAUCUGUAACGCAGAUCAGUAAAAUGGAUUUACAGUCCAGUCCAGUCCAACGAAGUCCAGUCCGGUCAGUGACGUGGCAGGGACGUGUACUUGUCAGAAUUCGCUUUCUUUCCUUCUUUACCUUCCUGGUGCUGAUAAACAAAGUGUCGAUGCAGAGUGUCUGGGUAAUAAAUGGAACUCGAGGACGUACUGCCAUCUUGCCGUGCUCAACCAAUAAGCUUAACGUGAACGUGUAUUGGCGAUACAAUGACAGCACGACAGUCUGUGACAUCAUCAGCAGCAAACUGGAUUUUGAUGAGCAGUACCCAGCGUACAGUGGCAGAGUGGACAGUUUUCCGGACGAGAUUCCUAAAGGCAACUUUUCCAUCAAACUGCACAGGUUGAGGAUGUCUGACGCUGGAAUUUAUACCUGCAACAUCCCUAACACAGCUACACAAGGGCCAGUGUACCUGAGAGUUACAGAGAUCAGAAGUGGGGCUCUCGUGAGAACGUCGGACACUGUUUUGCUUUUCCUGCUGGGAUGUACACUGCUAAGUAACUGAACCACCUGAAGAGGACAAAAGUGAAGGCUAUUGUAUGGUUUGUGCAGAAAAAAGACAUAAUUACUACAGAAGAGUAGCUGGUGUUUUCACUUUUUUAAAUAGUAGUGUUUGGUUCUCAGGUGUGUGUGUGUCUGUGUGGUUGACAAUAUUUAUUGCUGUUGCACUAUGAUUGCACUAUUACUUAAAAAAAAAAGAACAGUCAUGAGCAAGAAACCGCAGUUAAUACAGCAUAUAAUAAGCACUGAUACAGCAUAUAACACUCUAAACAAUGCCUGUGCUUAUGCAGCACUUAUAGAUACUAGAGGCUACAUGGACAUUGCAGAAUUUCACUCUUUAUGCUGAACAUAUUUCCGUAGUAUUGCCUCCCUUUUGAUUAUUGCUCUUAAUUUAUACAUUUCCUGCACAUCUCAAAUUUAUAACAUGAGUGUAUUCGCUUCAUCUCUCAAACAAAAUAUUCACAUUUAAUCCCCCGAGCACAAUCAGAUAAAAUUAACACAUCAGUCAUAGUUUAAUUCCACAAUCAGCAAUGCAAAGCUCUCUUCCUGUACUGAAAGCUCUGUUGAGUGCAACAUCGCGGCCUGUUUCAUGUGGUCUGUGCCCAGAAGUAAAGAUUACCAUUUGGUGAAAUUCAUCUCGCAUGUAUAAACCUUUUAUUUUAAAUUCAGAAGGACACCAGUUCAAGUCCUCAUUUGCACAGGUCUGUUGUAUUGUCUCUUGUAUUUAAAUGCAACUAUAGACAUCAUACACUGUUGUUGUUCUUUCGGCUGCUCCAUGUUCAGGAUUGCCAGAGCAGAUCAUUUGGUCCACAUGUUCAAUUAAUGUGUUUGUUUUUUGUUUUUUUUUUACCAUAUGACUGAUGCCUUGUAUUUAUGACCCUGUCUUACCUGAAGUUCAAUAAAAGCUGCCAUGCUUGAGUUUA